AUGCCACCAGCUCAUAAGAAUCAUAGUUUUCGUCCCGAAAAUGUUUUUAAACGUGCCGAGGAUUUAAUUGCUGUGGGACAGAAGGAAGCUGCAUUAAGUACUUUAUACGAGUUAAUUACUUCGAAAAGAAUUCGUUAUUUGCUAGUUGAGGAUUUGGAGCCGAUCGCCAACUUACUUAUUGAGCUAGCAGUUGAGUUGAGAAGAGGUAAAUUGGCCAAGGAUGCUUUGCACCAGUAUAAGAAGAAUAUUCAGCUAAAUGAGCACGGGUUAGACUCGGUUCAAACCAUUACUCGCAAGUUUAUUAUGUUGGCUGAAAAAAAAUUGGACGAAGCUCAAGCUCAGGCAGAUAUCAAAAUCGAUCAAGAUGAAACCGCAGAAGAUGAUUUGGAAACUGCACAGACUCCAGAAACUAUCUUGUUGAGCGCUGUCUCAAACACCGAUUCUGCUGAUCGUACAGAAAGGGAAUUGGUUACUCCAUGGUUGAGGUUCUUAUGGGAGGCUUUUAGAGCAGUUUUAGAUAUAUUGAGAAACAACUCUAAAUUGGAAGUAACCUAUUCAGCUAUCGUUAACCAAGCUUUCAAGUUUUGUUUGAAUUUCAAGAGAAAAGCCGAAUUUAGAAGGUUGUGUGAGUUAUUGAGGGUCCAUAUGCAAUCGGUUACUACUCAAACAAAAAUGUAUACAAAUAACAACGCCAUCGACUUGUCUGAAGCAGACACGGUUCAAAGAUACUUGGAGCAAAGAUUUGCUCAAUUGAACAUUGCUGUUAAAUUGGAACUUUGGCAAGAGUCAUUUCGCUCGGUUGAUGAUGUACACACCUUGAUCACCGCAUCAAAGAAAGCACCAAAACCAACCAUGAUGGCCAACUAUUAUGAAAACUUGGCAAGAAUAUUUGCCGUUUCAGACAAUGAAUUAUUCCACGCUGCAGCAUGGAACAAAUUUUUCAAUUUGUACUCACAAUCUCCAAUGGCCACCGAUGAAGAGUUGAAGAAAUAUGCUUCAAUCUUGGUAUUGUCUACUUUGGCUAUUCCACAAAGCGCCAUUCAGGAUGCUGAUGAGCAUAGAACUAAGAGCUCCAAGUUGUCAUCCUUGUUGAACUUAUCACAACCACCAACUAAAGAAGGCUUGACUAAAUCGAUCAUUUCAAGAGGAAUCUUGAGAUAUGCUGACGAACUGAUCAAAUCAUUAUUUGAUUUAUUGGUGGGUGAUGGCUUCCACCCAUUAUCUGUUAAAAGGUCUGUUAUUGAACUUUUUAAGACUAUUGAGUUGGACGCUGAAUAUAAGAAAUACAUUCCUACUUUAACCGAAGUUAUUUUAUUGAAGACUUUCCAGCAAAUCUCUCAAGUUUACCUGGCAGUGAAAUUGGAUUUCUUGGUAUCCUUGGGUGUUUUCGAAGGUGUCAACUACUCAUUAUCAGAGUUGGAAGUUGAAGAUUUGAUAGUUAAUGCUGUUAAAGACGACUUGUUGUCCUUGACCAUUGACCAUGAAGCCGGUGUCGUUACGUUCAAAUCAAACCCAUUUGAAGAAACGUCUAGCUUGUUCAACCACAGCUUGCAAACCUCACCUGCAGAUUUGGUUCGUUUUCAAAUCAGUAAGUUGGCAGCAACAUUGGCUGACUCUGUUCAAAUUAUUGAUCCAACCUACGAGCGUCGUCAACAGCAAGCCAAGGAAGUUGCAAUGCAACACGCUAUUUCUAGUUUAGUUCAAGAACAACAAAGACUUGCCGAUCGUUGCAAGAUUUUUGAAGAAAGAAAAUUAGCAGCCGAGAAGCGUAAACGUGAAGAAGAAGAGUUGCAAGCCAGAUUGAAACAUGAGCGAAUUGCUGCUGAACAAAAGGCAGAACAAGAAAGAUUAAUAUUAGAACAAGAGCGUAAACAAGAGGAGAAAGUGAAAAGAGAGAGGGAUGCAAUUCUUGUGAGUGAAAAGAGAAAAGUUGCUGAAGAAAUUAAUGCCAAGGGUAUUAUUAAGGUUGACAUGAGUAAUUUGAAGGAUUUGAAUACUGAUGAGUUGAAAAUGAUGCAAGUUGAUCAAUUGAAUAAGGAGAGGAAAGAGCUUGAAGAGAAAUUAAAGAUUACAGCUAGAAAAGCCGACCAUUUGGAACGAGCCUUUAGAAAGCACGAGUUGAAAUUAUUAGAAGCCGAUGCAGAAAAACAACAAAGCUUAGAACGUGAGAAUUACGAAGCGAUGAAGAAGGCCAAGCUUGAAAAAGUUAAAAAGGAAUUUGAUAACGCGAUUGCCUUGAAAGAACGGUUGCAACGUAUCAUGCCCGAUUAUCAUACUUUCAAGACUCAAAUUGAUGCCAAGAAUGCUGCUAAGAUUGCUAAAUUGAAACAGGAGGCUCAUGAGAGAUUUGAAAAGGCCAAACAAGAGAGAAUCGAAAAGGUUAAGAAACAACGUAUUGAAGAGUUGAAGACAAGGAAAGAAAGAGAACGUAGAGCACAAGCAGAAGAAGCUGCCAGAAAAGCACAAGCUGCCGAAAACGCUAAAUGGAAAGAAGAAUUGAAAGCACAACAAGAAAAGGAUGAAGAAAUGCAAAGAAGAAGAGAAGAAAUGGCUGCUGCCGCUGCUGCUGCUCAAGCACCACCACCACCACCACCAAAAGCAACUAGACCAAUGACCUUCAUGGAAAAAAUGAAGAAAGAAGGUAAAUUAAGGGGAGCAGCAAGAGAUAAUUAA